GAAUUGGUAUACUGUCAAGAUAAGCAAUUGUGGGCGAGUCUUGCUAAGAACCAGGCCUGCACGACACUACAGCCAAGACUCUGAGCCUUCUUUAACAACAAAUGGAAGAAAAUGGAGAAGCUAUCCUCUAGCCUUCCUAGAAGUUACUAUGCAAAAUGUGCAGGCAAUUUCAGUGUUUUCAGUCAAUGAAUGAAUUCAGAACUGUGAUUGACAAGUGAGUUAUUUGUACCUUGUGUAAUGUGGACACUAGGCUAGAGUGGGAGAGCUAACCCUGGGGGUCCUCAAGACCUGCUCUCCCGCCCGCCCUCAUUUCCUGCUUCUGUCUCAUUUUCUAGCACUUCAAUCUCCAACGUUCUCAAGAUAGUCUAUUGUGGAAAGAUAUCUGUUAUUGUUCUGAUGGCCAACCCCCUGAGGGCCAAGUGAGGGAGGCCAAAGGAGGUGCAGGUGAGGGCUAAGAUGAAAACAGAACUAAAAAGCAGCUAGGACCCACCUUCUUUCUGUGAUGGGAGGCAAAGGGAGAAGGGAGAGCGAUUUGGACCAAAGCCAUGGCCAUUUCAGAUGGAGCGGUUGAAAUACCAGCGUUGGGCCGCCCAUUUCAGCUUGGGAUGCUGUAUGACUGCCGCAAAGAUGCCCUCAUCCCAGGGGUCACCCUUUGGGACCCAGACUCACUUCGGAAGGACUUGAGUAUCCAAAGGCAGCCCAAGACUGAAAUUGAGAUAAUUGCUUCUGAUUCCAUUGAAGAUAAGACCUCUGCCCUCAAAGCCUCAGCAUCACUCAGAGUCAGUUUUCUGGGGGGACUGGUUGAAGUGCAAGGAUCAGGCAAAUUCCUUGAAGACACCAAAAAGUUUGGGCAACAGACCAGAGUCACUCUGCAGUACAAAGCUACCACUAAAUAUGCUCAACUGACGAUGAGCCAUUUGGGAAUCCAAAACAUCUCUUACCCAUCUGUAUUUGAGCAUGGCAUGGCUACUCACGUUGUCACUGCCAUCUUGUAUGGCGCCCAGGCUUUUUUUGUAUUUGACCGAGAAGUCUCUUCUUCUGAGUCUGUAAAAGAGAUAGAAGCAGAACUCCGAGGUGCAAUCCAGCUCUUUAUAGUCUCUGCUGAAGGGAAACUGGCCUUCAAAACAACAGAGAGGGAGAGGAACUACACUGAGAAGUUCCGCUGCAAAUUCCAUGGAGAUUUUGUUCUGGAGAGGAAUCCAGUGACUUUCCAAGAUGCCAUGCAAACAUAUGCCAUCCUUCCUGCAAUGCUGGGGAAGGACGGGGAGAGGGCUGUGCCUGUAACAGUUUGGCUGUACCCACUGACCAAGCUGGAUUCCCAAGCAGCUAAGAUGGUGCGUGAGAUCAGCUUGGCCCUGGUCUUUGAUAGUCAAGCCAUCAUGGAGCAACUGAAUGAAAUCAGGAUGAGAUGCAAUGACUUGACAAACACCCGCAUUGCGAACAUCUUCCCGGAAAUAAAGAUGAAAAUCAAGAGAUUCAAGGAUUUGUGCAAGCAACACAGGCAGACUUUCCAGAAACACCUGGCAGGAAUCCUGCCUUCUAUCAGAGGAGGGGGUAAAAUGGAACAAGCACUGGUGGAGAUCUUCAUUUCCAUUAACCAGUCUCCCUUCAACAGCCAAAGACUCAACGAGUUUCUGGAUGCCAAGGAACGAGAGAUUAAUUUGGUGAACUCUUACCUUAAUAUUCUACAUGGGAUGGAAGUCAUCUCCUCCAAGAACAAACUGGAAGAAAUAGUGCUAAGCCCUGCAAAUGAGUUUGUUCUCACAUUUACCUUCAAUUCUUUACAUGAUGAGGAACCGUUUUUAGCCAGCUUACAACAAUGGCUUCAGAAACCAGCAAGAGGACAGACAGAGCUUUGGAAGGCCUGGUUUGAGCAAAAAGAGAGAACCCGAAAAGCUCGGAAAGCUGCCAAAUCUAUUAUGGAUUUUGCCCAAGUCAAUGAAUCCAAUGGGAAGACCCGGUUCCUUGUGGCUUCUGUCCCAGAUCAGGACAACCCAGGUGCUUCCAUUUACCUCUAUGAAGAUGGGGAGAUGGUCAACAGCAACUUCGAGCUGCCCUCAAAACCUCUCCCUCCCCUGGUUGGCCGAACUGGACAUGACCAUGUGCAGCUGACAUUUCAACCAUCUGAGUAUGGGAGGGCUUCAAUCUCUCGCUAUCAAGUAGAGUACAAGAUUGCAGGAGAAGAAAAUUGGAAGAUUGUGAAUACUGAGGACAGUCAGGAGACAUUCCAAGUGAGAGGGUUGAGCGCAAACACAGAAUACCAGUUUCGAUACACUGCUAGGAGCAAACCAGGACUUAGUGAGACUAGUGAUUUGAGUAGAUCUGUAAAGACACUUCCUACCAGCCCUCCUGGGAAACCAAGAGAGAGAACUGUAGAGUCUUCCAAAAUCAGUCUUGCCUGGGAGAGCCCAAAGGUCAUUGGAGCUGAUAUAAAGGAGUACAAAGUGGAGUACAGGGGGCUGGUGGGCGAUAAGGACAGAUGGAAUGAAAAAAGAACAGGGGCAAGAACAGAGUCCUGCCAGCUGGAUGGGCUGAAGCCUCACAGAACCUACAGACUCAGAGUCUCCGCUGUAUGUUUUGAUGGGGCUGAGAGUGAGCCCAGUGAAGAGACUGAGAUUUCCACAGCAAUGGAAGAAGAAGAAGACGGGGCAAAUAUACUAGCUCGAAAAUACCUCCAGGAAAGCACCCUGGUGGAAGAUGGGCAACCAUCAGUGUAUGUACUUCCCCUGGAGGCCACCUCAGAUCGAUCGGCCUCCGUCCAAACAUACCAGCUAGGAAAAGAGAACAUGCAGGUCCCCAACAAAGUAAUUGUGAUGAUGGGGGCAACAGGGUCAGGGAAAACCACUCUCGUCAAUGCCAUGAUCAAUCAUAUCCUGGGUGUGCAAUGGGAAGAUGAUUUCCGAUUCAAACUCACUCAGGCUGGAAGCCAGUCCUCAGAAGUGACCGCCUACGUAGUGCACCACCAAAAGGGUUUUGAAGUCCCUUAUUCUCUCACUUUCAUCGACACUCCAGGAUUUGGAGACAUGGGAGAUAGGAAGCAGUACAAACGGAUAACAAAGCAGAUCCGGGAGUUUUUCUCCACCCCAGGAGGAACGGAUCACGUCGAUGUCAUCUGUAUUGUACUUCAGGCCUCCAGUGCUGCCUUAACUCGUGCCCAGAAAUACGUCUUUGACUCUGUGCUCUCCAUUUUUGGGAAAGAUAUAAGGAACAACAUCCAGAUCCUGAUCACCUUUGCAGACGGACAUUCUCUUCCUGUUUUGGAAGCCAUGAAGAAGGAGGAUGUGCCAUGCAUUAAAGAUUCCAGUGGUAGCCCAGUUCACUUCAAAUUCAACAAUUCAGCUCUCUUUGCCAACAAUUCUGAAGAGAAUGAAGGGAAUCUAAAUCCUAACAACAAGUUCUGGAAAAUGAGCACUGCAAGCAUGAAGACAUUUUUUGACACGUUAAACUUACUAGACAGUGAAAGUUUAACUCUGACGAAGGAAGUGCUCAGGGAACGGAAGGAGCUAGAAGCCAUCACAGAAGGGUUGCAGCCCCAAAUCAGAGCUGCCCUUGGAAAGCUGGAAGAGUUGAGGAAGACGAGACAAGCUCUGGAUGAGCACAAGUCUGAGAUGGCAGCCAACAUAAACUUUGAGUUUGAAGUAGAAAAAUCUGUGCCAGGGAAGGAAGACAUCUCUGCCGCUGGAAGAUUCACAACCAACUGCAUGAACUGUCACUACACCUGCCAUUAUCCUUGCCCGAUCCGGAGAGAUGAGGGCAAGCGCCGUUGUGUAGCUAUCAAUGCAAAUACGGGAAAAUGCAAUGUCUGUCCUGGCCGCUGCGUGUGGAACAUGCACUUCAAUCAGAAAUACCUGUUUGAAUAUAAAGUAACAAAAGAGAUUAAGUCCUAUGCUGCGUUGAAGCAAAAGUAUGAAGACGCCUCUGGAGAGGCGAUGACCCCAGAGAAGGUGCUUGGAAAUCUCAACCAGGAAUACAAAGAGGCUAAGCAAGCCUUAGAAGACCUCAUCCAGAAAUCAUCUCAAAGCCUCCAACGCUUGCAUCAAAUUGGGCUGAAGCCCAACCUGCUCUCCACCCAAGAAUACAUUGACCUGCUCAUCAUUUCAGAAGAGCAGGAUCUGGAGCCCGGAUGCCAGGAGAGAAUCCAGUUGCUGAAGGAAGUGAGGGAAUCGGCUGCGCUAAGAGAAAACAUUGCAAGCAAGGAGCCUCUGCUGCUGGAGGAGGAGGAUCUGUACAAAGACAGUGAAAUGGAAAGGCAUUCUGCCCUGCAGGCCAGAUUUAGGAAGUUUGUUUGCUUUUGAUGCACAUUGCACCGGGACAGGUAUAAAUAAAAUAUUAAUGGUUCUAGAUUCAGGUAGGUAGCCGUGUUGGUCUGACGCAGUCAAAACAUAUAAAAAAAUUAAAAUUGUGCAGUAGUGCCUUAGAGACCAACUAAGUUUGUUCUUGCUAUAAGCUUUUGUGUGCAUGCACACGAAAAAAGCAAGGGAUAGUAUGCAUGAGACAGGAAUCCAAUCUCUCUAUUAAGACCAGGUCUCUCCAUACUUUUCAGUAUCACUAAACUGAAAACCGUGUAGAGACCUGGUCUUAAUAGAGAUACAGUAGUACCUUGGUUUACAACCAUAAUCUGUUCCAGAGGUCCGGUUGUAAAUAAAAACAGGUUGUAACCCAAGGCACACUUUCGCCAAUGGGGCCUCCCCCCCAAAAUUGGUUGUAAUCCAAAAAAAAUUGGUUGUAAUCCAAAAAAGAGACACACACUUCCAGGUUUGACAUAGUUGUAAUCCAAAACGGUUGUAAUCCAAAGCGGUUGCAAACCAAGGUACUGUACCACUGUAUUGGAUUCCUGUCUCAUUAUAUAUGCUAAUCAUCUGCAUACUAUCCAUUGCUUUUUCCUGUAGGACUAAUUGCAAUCGUUAACAGGUUUACCAUACCCAUUGAGUCAAUCACCCAUCUCCUACUACCCUCCUGAGAAAAACCCCGCCCCACCCUCCCACUAUAUAUAAUAGUCUGGUGACUUCUGUUUCAGUGUAUCUGAAGAAGUAUGCAUGCACAUGAAACCUUACACCAAGAACAAACUUAGUUGGUCUCUAAGGUGCUACUGGACAAUUUUUUUAUACGUUAAAAUAUUAAUUUUAAAACCAAUAUGCUGAUGACACUCAGCUCUAUCUGCUGAUGGAUGGCCACACCGACUCGGCCCCGAACACACUGACCAGAUGCUUGGAAGCUGUGGCUGGAUGGUUUCGUGGGAGCCGCUUGAAACUAAAUCCUUCGAAGACAGAGGUCCUAUGGCUGGGUCGGGAUGGCAUGGGGAUGAGGGGCCAACUCCCUUCUCUUGCGGGGGCCCAAUUAGUGCCAUUGCCUUCCGUUAAGAGUUUGGGUGUAAUCCUUGACGCCUCCCUUUCCAUGGAGGCGCAGGUUACAGCAACAGCCAAGGCGACAUUUUUCCACCUUCGCCGCAUCAAGCAGUUGGUCCCUUACCUUUCCCGCCCUGACCUGGCCACAGUGAUCCAUGCGAUGGUCACCUCCAGGCUUGACUACUGUAAUUCGCUCUACGCGGGGCUGCCCUUGAAGCUGUCCCAGAAACUCCAGCGGGUGCAGAAUGCUGCAGCGAGGCUCCUCACGAGGUCUCUGCCAUGGGAGCAUAUUCACCCAGUGCUUUUCAAGCUGCACUGGCUCCUGGUGGAGUACAGGGUCAGAUUUAAGGUGCUGCUUUUGACCUUUAAAGCCCUUCAUGGUCUAGGACCCUCAUACCUACAGGACCGCCUCUCCUGGUAUACCCCACAGAGAGCCUCAAGGUCCGUAAAUAGCAACACCCUAGUGGUCCCGGGCCCUAAGGAAGUUAGAUUGGCUUCAACCAGAGCCAGGGCCUUUUCAACUCUGGUCUGGUGGAAUGCUCUACCUCAUGAGACCAGGGCCCUGCAGGAUCUGAUUUCUUUCCGCAGGGCCUGUAAGACAGAGUUGUUCCGCCUGGCCUUUGGCUUGGAGCCAAUUUGAUUCCCUCCCUCUCUUUCUUUUUUCUUUUCCUUCUCCUCCUGCAAUGAGGCUACAUUUUAAUAUUUUAAUGUUUCAGUAUUUUAAUGCUGUAUUUUAAUUUUGUUUUUAAGUUGUAAUCAUUCAACUUGUUUUUAUUAUUGCUUGUAAGCCGCUCUGAGCCCGGCCUUGGCUGGGGAGGGUGGGGUAUAAAUAAAAAUUAUUAUUAUUAUUAUUAUUAUUAUUAUUAUUAUUAUUAUUAUUAAUGUAUAUUGUUCAGAUGGACUCUUGGCUAUCAGCAGUGAGUUCAGGUCCUCUUGAGUGUUAUUCACAUCAUGCUGUGGUAUGCACAUGGGGGGAUUGUGAAACCCUAUUUAACAAAUACUGCAGCAGGUUCUCCAUUUUUCUGUUGCUGUAAAUAAAAUGCUUCUCAAUCAGUGUUUAGGGCUGUUCAAGCCCCACCCCACCCCAAAUCCAGUUCAACACCCAAUUUGGCAGUUCAGACCAGGCCAGAAUUUGGACUGCACUGAUUGAGAACCAAAUUGUUUUGAGAUCAAGAUUCAGAAAUUUGAAUCUUUGGUACUCCCAUUUACUUGCAUUGAGAAACCAAAUACUGUAGCUACUUUCUGUUUCUCUCUCUCUGCUCUUUUCACCAGUUAGCCCCUCAAGAGGGGAUUGUUGCUGCCAAAGGUUAGAAGGUUGGCUCCAGGGGUGUUUGUGUCAGCAAACAAACUUUUUAAAAUACGUGUAUGGGAUUUGAUUUAUUGGGAGAGGAUGGGGGAAAGAUGGCAAAAUACUGUGUUAAGUAUUUUGAAGAGUAAAUUGAAGGCAAGUAAAGAUAGGGUGGCGAUUGACUAUGAAAUGAUGGAAAACAUCAAUAUAUAAACUCUCUCUCUUUUUAUCUCUCUAGGGACUGGGCACAGUACUGAAUGAUAAAACAAGCUGAACAAGCAACCAAACUCUCUUUCUUUUUCUUUAACAUGUAACAAUGAACUUGCAAGAGUGAAGGCAGUGGGACUGAACUGGGACUUUUAAGACUUCACCACCCCUCUUCCAAACCAUUGUAUGGAGACUAUUGGGUGAGAUUCUAGCCCCUGGAUUGGAAGCUAGAGUUGUUAAUGAGCAAAGGCAUUAACAUGACAAAAGGACUUGAUGGCCCAUCUGAGAGCCUGGGUCUGAGCAGACAGAGGUUGUCAUGGUGAUGGGGUGUGGGUUCAAAGUGACAGGAAGAGAGAGUUUUUACCAAGGGGUGCUGGGAAGAAGAAGGGGGAGAAAAAAGACUGGGAUCCAUCUUGGGCAGGCUGUCUGCUGGUUAGCUGAGAGAGAUGCCUUGGACUCCAGGGCUGCACUGCUCUGAGGGACAAGCCCCUCUUGAAAUGACCGUGAUGUAAGAUCUGGACUCCCUCCAUGCAAACUGAAGGUGUAAAUAGGUGAAUAAAGCAUAUUUUUUAAAGCUACAA